AUGGUUGGCAAAGAUGGAACGGACAAGAGAGACAAGGAAGAUAAGAAAGAUUGGAAGGUAGGAUUUGGACUGUUUGGCAAACUUAGCAUCACCAAAGUGCCCAACUCGAAGGUGCCACUAGAAGCAAGGUAUUGGAUUCGAACGGGGAGCUGGAAGAAAGAGGAAAAAGAUGACAAACCAAGGAAAGAUAACAACAAGGGUGAUGACGGGGAUAAAUUAAAGGAUGGCGAGAAAAAGACUGACAAGCUCGAUGGCAAUAGCAAGAAAGACAAAACUGGGGACGGUGGUGAUACAGCGACACAAAAAGCAAUCACUAAGGAAGAGCAAACAGACAAAGGCAAAGGCGAGAGAGAUGCCGGAGCAGAGAAGGAAAAGAAAGGUGAAAGGACAGAAGGGAGUGAAAGCAAGUAUGAAUGUGAGUUGCUUUCCAAGUGUGAGUGUCUACAAAAAGGCAACUAA